CCGCUUCCGGCCCCUUGGGGCGUUCGUCGCUGGCGGGAGGAUGGAAGGUCUGGUGGCUCAGUGCUCCGCGAGGCUGUUGCAGCAGGUCUUAUUUAUUUAUUCGUGAGAGACACAGAGAGAAGUAGAGGCACAGGCAGAGGGAGAAGCAGGCUCCAUGCAGGGAGCCCGACGACGUCGGACCCGAUCCCGGGACUCCAGGGUCAUGCCCUGGGCCGAAGGCCGCGCUAAACCGCUGAGUCACCAGGGCUGCCCGAGGCAUUUCCUUUUUAAAAGAACCCCAAGUCCUAAGAUUUAGGAACAAAGGAAAAAGAGAUUAAGUCUCUGACUGCUGAAAUAGAUCGGUUAAAAAACUGUGGCUGUUUAGAAGCUUCUCCAGAUUUGGAGCAGUUGCGAGAAGAAAAUUUAAAAUUAAAGUAUCGACUAAAAAUCCUUCGAAAGAGUCUUCAAGCAGAAAGAACCAGACCAACUAAAAAUAUGAUUAACAUCAAUAGCCGACUGCAAGAAGUCUUUGGUUGUGCCAUUAAGGCUGCAUAUCCAGAUUUGGAAAACCCUCCUCUCAUAGUGACACCAAGUCAACAGCCCAAGUUUGGGGACUACCAGUGUAAUAGUGCUAUGGGUAUCUCUCAGAUGCUCAAAACCAAGGAACAGAAAGUUAAUCCAAGAGAAAUUGCUGAAAACAUUACCAAACACCUCCCAGACAAUGAAUGUGUUGAAAGAGUUGAAAUUGCUGGCCCUGGUUUUAUUAAUGUCCACCUAAGAAAGGACUUUGUAUCACAACAGUUGACCAAUCUUCUGGUGAAUGGUGUUCAACUACCUGCCCUUGGAGAGAAUAAAAAGGUUGUAGUUGACUUCUCGUCUCCCAACAUAGCUAAGGAGAUGCAUGUAGGCCAUCUCAGAUCAACUAUCAUAGGAGAGAGCAUGUCCCGCCUCUUUGAAUUUGCAGGAUAUGAUGUGCUAAGAUUAAACCAUGUAGGAGAUUGGGGAACCCAAUUUGGCAUGCUCAUCGCUCACCUGCAAGAUAAAUUUCCAGAUUACCUAACAGUUUCACCUCCUAUUGGGGAUCUUCAAGCCUUUUAUAAGGAAUCCAAGAAGAGAUUUGAUACUGAGGAGGAAUUUAAGAAGCGAGCAUACCAGUGUGUGGUUCUGCUCCAAAGUAAAAAUCCAGAUAUUAUAAAAGCUUGGAAGCUUAUCUGUGAUGUUUCCCGCCAAGAGUUUAAUAAAAUCUAUGACGCAUUGGACAUCUCUUUAAUAGAGAGAGGGGAAUCCUUCUAUCAAGACAGGAUGAAUGACAUUGUAAAAGAAUUUGAAGAUAAAGGAUUUGUGCAAGUGGAUGAUGGCAGAAAAAUUGUGUUUGUCCCAGGAUGUUCUGUACCAUUAACCAUAGUAAAAUCAGAUGGAGGUUAUACCUAUGAUACAUCUGACCUGGCUGCUAUUAAACAAAGACUAUUUGAGGAAAAAGCAGAUAUGAUUAUCUAUGUGGUAGACAAUGGACAAUCUGUGCACUUCCAGACAAUAUUUGGUGCUGCUCAAAUGAUUGGUUGGUAUGAUCCUAAGGUAACUCGAGUAUCUCAUGCCGGAUUUGGUGUGGUUCUGGGAGAAGACAAGAAGAAGUUUAAAACACGUUCAGGUGAAACCGUGCGCCUCAUAGACCUUCUGGAAGAAGGACUAAAACGAUCCAUGGACAAAUUGAAGGAAAAAGAAAGAGACAAGGUCUUAACUGCAGAGGAAUUAAAGGCUGCUCAGACAUCUGUUGCUUAUGGUUGUAUCAAAUAUGCUGAUCUUUCUCAUAACCGGUUGAAUGACUAUAUCUUCUCCUUUGACAAAAUGCUGGAUGACAGAGGAAACACAGCUGCUUAUUUGUUGUAUGCCUUCACUAGAAUCAGGUCUAUUGCACGCCUGGCCAAUAUUAAUGAAGAGAUGCUUCAGAAAGCUGCUCAAGAGACCAAGAUCGUUUUGGACCAUGAGAAGGAAUGGAAACUGGGCCGGUGUAUUUUACGGUUCCCUGAGAUUCUCCAAAAGAUUUUAGAUGACUUACUUCUCCACACACUCUGUGAUUAUAUCUAUGAGCUGGCAACUACUUUCACAGAAUUCUAUGAUAGCUGCUAUUGUGUAGAGAAGGAUCGACAAACUGGACAAGUGUUGAAGGUAAACAUGUGGCGUAUGCUGCUUUGUGAAGCAGUAGCUGCUAUUAUGGCCAAGGCAUUCGAUAUUUUGGGAAUUAAACCUGUCCAAAGAAUGUAAUCGUUAGGUUUGAACACUGUGUGUUUUUACCAAAAAAUAGCCAUUUAGCACUAUUUGCUUUUUUACAAUCAUGUGGAUACAAAAAUUAAGUAAAUGAAAUUUGUCAACUA